AUGUAUGAUAGGCAGAAGCGCCUGCUGUGUUCCAUUGAUGCAGCCCCUGGCGAGCUGUUUGCCUCAAUUCGCGAGCAGUACAGUGGAGGGGCCGAGGACACACCGAACGAGCGCAGUGCAUCUGUACGCAUGCCAACUCAUGGGGGCUCCAGUGGCAAACACGUGGCGCAGUUUCGCUUGCCACAGGCGGUCCGAUACACGGACA